AUGGCCUCAGACCACCAGACACAGGCGGGCAAGCCCCAGCCCCUCAACCCCAAGAUCAUCAUCUUCGAACAGGAGAACUUCCAGGGUCACUCCCACGAGCUCAGCGGACCCUGCCCCAACCUCAAGGAGACCGGCAUGGAGAAGGCAGGGUCCAUCCUGGUGCAGGCUGGACCUUGGGUGGGCUAUGAGCAGGCCAAUUGCAAGGGCGAGCAGUUUGUGUUUGAAAAGGGCGAAUACCCACGCUGGGACUCUUGGACUAGCAGCCGGAGGACAGACUCCCUGAGCUCUCUGAGGCCCAUCAAAGUGGAUAGCCAAGAGCACAAGAUCAUCCUGUAUGAGAACCCCAACUUUACCGGUAAGAAGAUGGAGAUUGUAGAUGACGAUGUGCCCAGCUUCCACGCCCAUGGGUACCAGGAGAAGGUGUCUUCUGUGCGGGUGCAGAGCGGCACGUGGGUUGGGUACCAGUACCCUGGCUACCGUGGGCUGCAGUACCUCCUGGAGAAGGGGGAUUACAAGGACAACAGCGACUUCGGGGCCCCUCACCCCCAGGUUCAGUCUGUGCGUCGCAUCCGUGACAUGCAGUGGCACCAGAGAGGCACCUUCCACCCCUCCAGCUAG